AUGGCUCAACAACAAACCGCUUCAGGGUUUCAAUCCUAUGGGAAGGCACUCUUGACGAGCAAGGCUUGCCACAAGGCCGCAGUUUUUCUCGUCUUUCGGCAAAUUAUUAUCACAGUCCACGAUGGCGAAGGAUUGCGGCGCGAUGUUGACAGACUUAUUGAGGCUCUCUCUCGCACGGAUUCCUCUCGUCACAUCCGAUGCAUCACUAUCAAAGGGGCUCUAAAGCUCAACGCCAAGAAGACAGAAGGUUAUGGUCGACAAACGUCUUGGUUGGUUACUACUGGCCUUGAUGAGGUACUAGUGGACGAGGAACCAGUCUCUUAUCACGGCCUAUAUACGGUGUAUGAUGGCGGCGUUAUUGAAAAGUCUUCUGAGGAGGACAUGGCAUGGGCUCCCGUUGUGAACUUGCUUCAAGCUAAAACUCACCUGAAAGACCUGGUCUAUGACUGCCAGAGUCAAUUUCCGCCAAGUCUUCUCAGGGCACUUCACGAGCAGCAUCCUCAAUGCAGGCUUCAUCACCUUAAGUUUCGAUUCCGGACCUUGUUGUGGGGUGUCCCCUAUCCUUAUGAGAUGGAGCUUGCUACAUCACCAUCUCUCUAUAGAGUGAAGCUUGCUUGUGCUCCGCGCGACACUGAUGGCGAUGAUGAUUUCAACUUAGAGGCUAUGAUGGAGCUUACUACUGGGCUUUCUCCCAAUCUGAAGGAGGUCAUUAUUUUGAAUCUCCUUCCAGGACGCUCUUUAAGGUCAGUCCGCCCCCGAGGGUCGUGGCAAGGUCUCCCGGGCUUUACUGGCGGGAAGGUAGGAUCCCUGACAUCACUUUCACUCAAAGGAGUUUCACGUUUGAAUUCCCCAAUAAUGCUACAGAACUGGGCCAGAUAUACAGACUUUACUUGCCUGCAGCAACUUACCCUCGGAGGUUGCUACGACGCAAAGACAUCUGGGCUUAGUGGCGAGACAAUGGAAUGGGUUGCCCAGAACUAUUCAUUUCCCCGAGUCAAAAAACUCAGCGUUUAUCUUACCCGCGAUGACUUGUUUCACGAAAGACCACACUACAGUGAGCACGCAGUCUCCUUUUUCCAGGCUUUCGAAUCUCUUGAGGAACUAUCCAUCGACGGGCCGACUGACUCACAAAUCCUGGACACUGUUCUGUCCCAUCAUGGACAGACACUUAAGAAACUUAGUUUUCAUCCUUUUGAGGAAACUUUUACCGACUCCAAUGGUCGCGAUCGACGGGAUAUACCCUUAGAGCUCACUAAGGAUAGUGUUUUCCAGAUUGAAGUUCAGUGUCCGGUACUAGAGGAGCUCGCCAUUCCAGUCAAGCGCAACAUGUCCAGUGCAUCUGAGGCUGAGAUGUACAGAUGCUUCGGCAGGAUGAAAAGCUUACGAUUUCUCUUUCUUAUUCUGGAUUGUUCGAAUUGGCGGGUUACUCGAGACAGCACAUACAAUCCCAGAUUCGGUGAGGAGGAUCAAAAGCCUCUAGACUAUAAUACAUUUCCCUUCCUGAAGAGGGGUGACUUGAAGGAAACCUUUAUUAAUUGCGCAGUGGACGAGGCACUGGCUCGCUCAAUCUGGAAGACCAUUAGCCAGAACAAGACUGGUAGACGGCUGGAGCGACUCAAACUGUGGCCUACGGGAGAGGGUGAAUACGGCGCCAGCAGCGGGCUACCACACACCUUUUCAGCGAUGGCCCAGAAUCUGGCUCGAUCAUGGAUAUUCGAGCGCGUUCCACGAGACAAUGAAGAAGAAGCCUUCACUCUUAGGGAGCUGGGGCAGCAUAGAAGGAUAGCCCGCGAUCAAGACAAUGUAGGUUACUUGGCCCACUUUCAUGAUCCCAAGAUUUGGGAAGUACUCCGUUCUAUUUGGCCCUCCAAAGAAGGUAGCAAGGAUUGGCGAGAUGACUGGUCGAGCUUUCCUCUCCAGGUAUAG